UAUAACAUCAACACGCCGUGUUUCGAAACAGAUCUGUGUCCAGACUACAUUACUGACUAGAUCUAGAUCUAGGUCUAGAUCUAUAGUCUUCUUUAGAUUUCUAGGUCCCAAUUGAAAGAUCUAGCUUCUAGAUUUCUAGAUCUAUAUCAAACUAUCACAAUGUCAGAACCUCCACCCUUUACCACUGAUCUACAGUUUUGUCCAUUCUGUGGCUCUGUGCUACCUCUACCUAGUAUUGGACAAAGUAUUAUUUCAUGUGCACGGUGUCCAGCUACUAGGAAUUUAAAAGAAUACCAAGAUGUCACAGAAACUUUUGUCAUUCAUUUCAACACCCCCAAAAGGAAACAAAAGAAAAAUAUAGAAGCGGAAGAUCUCAUAAAAGAAGAGUUGAUACCUGAAUUCCAGGGCCCAACUGUGGAGCGCCAGUGUUCCAGGUGCAACCACGACAUCAUGAUCUACACAACCAGGCAGACACGAUCGGCAGACGAGGGUCAGACAGUUUUUUACACAUGUGUCAAGUGCAAAUUUCAAGACAUUGAGUAUUCCUAGUUUUUAUCCCAUGCCAGAGUGAAUACAGUCCAAUGAAUAUUUUGCUGCACUAACUUGUUUAUAUAUGUCAAUAAAGUAAAAUAAAAUUACUAGU